AUGAAAAAUUCAAGUGGAACCCAUGUUGAGGAGUUUGUCUUGGUGGGUUUCCCUACCUCUCCACUUCUCCAGCUGCUCCUCUUUGUCUUCUUUUUUGCAUUCUAUCUGUUGACACUGUUGGAGAAUGCACUCAUCAUUUCUAUGAUCUGGCUCACUCCAAGCCUUCAUCGCCCCAUGUACUUUUUCCUUGGACAUCUCUCCUUCCUGGAACUAUGGUACAUCAGUGUUACUGUUCCUCGCCUGUUGGGAGCCUUUCUCACUCAGGAUGGUAGAGUCUCCUAUGUAGGCUGCAUGACUCAACUCUACUUCUUCAUUGCUUUAGCCUGCACAGAAUGUGUCCUGCUGGCGGUUAUGGCUUAUGACCGCUAUCUGGCCAUCUGUGAACCCCUCCGUUACCCUAGUCUCAUGCCUUCCAGUCUAGCCACUUGUCUUGCAGCUGCCUCUUGGGGUAGUGGCUUCUUCAGUUCCAUGAUGAAGCUUCUUUUCAUUUCCCGACUGUCCUACUGUGGAUCCAACAUCAUAAACCACUUUUUCUGUGAUAUCUCCCCCCUCCUCAAUCUCACCUGCUCUGACAAGGAGCAAGCAGAGCUAGUGGACUUCCUCCUGGCUUUGGUGAUGAUUCUACUCCCUCUAGUGGCCGUGGUGUCAUCAUAUGUUGCCAUCAUUGUCACCAUUUUGAAGAUCCCCACUGCCCAGGGGCGCCACAAAGCCUUCUCCAUUUGUACCUCUCACCUGGCAGUGGUUGUUAUCUACUACUCCUCCACUCUUUUUACCUAUGCACGGCCCCGGGCCAUGUAUACCUCCAAUCACAACAAAAUCAUCUCUGUACUCUACACUGUCAUUGUGCCAUUCCUCAACCCAGCCAUCUACUGCCUGAGAAACAAGGAAGUGAAGGAUGCCUUCAGGAAGACAGUGCUAGGCAGGUGCCACUAUCCUAGGGAUGUCCCAGACUGA